AUGACCUAUCAGCGCACCUUCCAGCGCCUCUCCCUCGUCGCCGCAGUUGCCUUAACGGCUCUUGUGGCCGUCGACGCAACACAGAUUAUGCACCGUCCCGAGCGGUACAUGGAAGCACCGAACAGGUUCCUGAUAGAGACCAACACGAAGACCCACCAGAUCGAAAGGCGUCAGGCCAAUGGCAAGGUCUCGUUUGCGUACUUCACGAAUUGGGGGAUUUAUGGUGCAAACUUCCAACCCACCGACAUUGUCGCCGCCCCUCUGACGCACAUUCUUUACGCCUUCGCCGAUACCGAUGCAUCCACUGGUGCCAUCAAACUCACCGACUCCUACGCGGAUCAAGAGAAACACUUCCCCGGCGACUCCUGGUCUGAGACGGGCAACAACCUCUACGGCUGCUUGAAGCAGCUCUACCUCCUCAAGUUGCAAAAGCGCAACCUCAAAGUCCUCCUCUCCAUUGGCGGCUGGACGUACUCGCAAGCCGGCCACUUCAACUUUGUCACUUCGCCCUCUGCCCGCGCAACGUUCGUACAGAACGCGGUGCAGCUCGUUGAGGACUAUGGAUUUGACGGAAUCGAUAUCGAUUUCGAGUACCCCUCAAACUCAGCACUCGGCCAAGGCCUCGCCGAUCUGAUGACCGCCACCCGCACUGCCUUCGACCAACUGCAAGCGCGCAAGGGCGACUCGAUUCCAUACCUCCUCACCGCAGCCGUCGCAGCCGGCGCUGAGAACUACGCCAACUUGAAGGUGCCGCAGAUGAACGCCGCGAUGGACUUCUGGAACCUCAUGGCAUACGACUAUGCCGGCUCUUGGCUCACCUUUUCCGACAACCAGGCCAACUUGUACGGCGGCUCCCGCACGGGAUUCAACACCGACUCUGCGGUCAAGUUCUACACCGGGGCUGGUGCACCCGCCAGAAAGAUCGUCCUGGGCAUGCCCCUCUACGGACGCGCAUUCCAGAACACGAACGGCCUCGGUCAACCAUACAGCGGCAUCGGCCCCGGAACCAUCGAAGCUGGUGUCUACUCGUACAAGGCUCUCCCUCUCGCUGGCGCACAAGUCUUCGAAAACACGACCGACGUCUCCAGCUACUCCUAUGACUCUGCGAAGCGAGAGCUCGUCUCCUAUGACACGCCCAACAUCAUCAGGCUAAAGGCCCAAUACGUCAACUCACAGGGGCUCGCUGGGUCCAUGUUUUGGGAGCUCUCAACCGACAAAACCGGCGCCCAAUCCCUCGUCCAGACCUCUGCCAACACCCUCGGCGGGCUCGAUACCACCCAGAACCACAUCAGGUACCCGAACAGCAAAUGGGACAACAUCCGCAGUAACAUGGGCGGCACCGCUCCCCCGGCACCGACGACAACGGCGCAGCCGGCUCCCACCACGACGACCCCCACCACACCCCCUUCUAGCGGAGCCUGUGCUGGCGUAGCUACUUGGACUUCGACCAUUGCUUACACCGGAGGAAUGAAAGUGACCUACAACGGCCGUCUUUGGACCGCGUCCUGGUGGACGCAGGCUGAUACACCUGGAGGGCCUGCCGGCGUCUGGGUCGACAACGGAGCUUGUUAA